AGAUAGUACUCACGUCCACCAGUCUGGCCCGGGACAGCACAUAGUAGCCGGAGACGCUGAAGCUCGGGUAGGAAUCCAGCAGGUCGAGGAGGUGCGUCAGCUGGAGGGAGGAAGCGAAUUAAGGGGACCAGUAAGGUUGAGGAGCAGGAGCUGUGAGGAGUGUAGGGUAUGGAUGACCACAGCUUUGUGGCAGGACUGGGCUACCACCCAGGCCUGGAGGAGGACGAGAACCCCCUGGACCUGGCUGGGCCGCAGGCCACCUCCACCGUGGCCGCCAAAAUGACCAGGGACCAGAUCAACAGACAGUACCUCCAGAACCUAGAGGAGGCCAGCGAAGGCUCAUCAGAGGAGUUCUGUUCCCUGCGUUCCGCCUCCAGGGCCAGCGCCCAAUACCCAUAUUUGUUAAGCUCGGGCGAGCAACAAUCAUCUUCUGGUGUGGGCAGGAUGAUGGCUCUGUCCCUCAUCAACACAGAGGCCAUGAGUGGGUUGUCAUCCAGCAAGUUUCUGGUGGAUCACACACAACUUAAUACCGACCCUGUGGAGAAUGAGGCCAGCAGGGAACCAGCUGGCCUGCCUUCUGCCCUGCUGGAGCCACAAGGAGCACUGCUGGACGAGGAGCAGCAGGAUCUGACAGAGGGAGACACAAAGAAUGUUUCGCUUCUCACCGAUCACUUGACAAAAACGAAGCUCGGAGAAAUUGAGUUCCCUGACACAAAGCAUGAUGGCAGCCAAAUGUCUGAAGAAUCCAUCAUCAAGGAAGACUUCAAGAGACCUCUGGAUGUGUCGAAACUGCUUUCCAACUCCUGCAACUCCCUGGGCUCCAUGGAGGGACAGCCCGACCCCUUCCUCUCACACCAAGAGGAUGUCAGAGGGUUUGAAGAAGACUGGUUUGAGACUGACCAACAUGAGUUAGCAGAGGAAAUGGAGGGAGAGGAAUUCCAGGCCCCAGAUAUGUCAUUCUUCGAUGAGGAGGAAAGGCAGCACCAACAAGAAAGGAAGUUCUGCUUAGAUGCGGCGCCUCCUUCCAAAGCCAGCCUUGACCUCUCGUGCUUCUCCGGUAUUCAUGGGGUCAGCGAGAUCACAGUCAGACCCUCGUGGAUUGAGAGUCCAGAGAAGGAGCUGCUAGGCCCCAACAAUCGCAUGCUGGUGGACGACUACCUGCAGGCCCGGAGUGAGGCUCUGGGCACCCUGGAGCCCUUCAAAGACCCCUCCAGCAGGCCCAACUUUGGCAACGAAGUCCACUCACCUCCCAACGCCUCGGCAAAACUCCAGCCCCUUCUGGAAAUGACUGCUGGGGGUGACAGCAGAGACUUUGAAAGCUCAGCCAGUACCCAGGAAGAUGAAGAGAGUCUUAGAAGUAAGGUGGUUCAUGCAGUUGAGGAGUUGGAGGUCAGCAGGGUCACAGCUGGACAGCCUGUGCAAGCAGCCACUAUUGGUUCCCUUUUGUCUCAGGCUAUGGCAACAAAUCAGCCACACGAGCUGGUUAAGAGGAUUCUCUGCCUCACUCAGGAACCUUCAGGACCAGCAUCCGACACAACAGGACUAGACGCCAGUGUGGAGGUGGCAGAACUCCGUAAGCUGAAGGAGGAGGUGGUCAGGCAGAAACAGGGACCGGCCAGAUCUCACCCCACCACAAAGGAGAAUAAAGUUGUGAGUGUCCCUGAGCACCUAACACUGAGGGAGGCGUGUGUGGUGGGCGUGGCCACCCACACCGCCCUGCCCCUGCGGAACACAUCCUCGCGCUGGCUGCAGGUUUCUCUCUGCCGGGUGAAGGAAACCAUAGACGGCAGUCCCUCAACGACCUCAGCUUUGCUCUUUGAGGCAUCGCACGUCCUGGAGCCUCAGAGGCAGCGUGAGGUGAUGCUUGGGGUGUGUAGUCCGGUGCAGGGGAAGCUCAGCGCCCUCAUUCAGGUUCAGGUUGGGGAGCUGGCAGCCACUGAAGCCCACAGCCCCCCCACCUCCUGCCACACUGUGCGGGUGUCUGCCACCAUCGUCAUCCCAGAGGUGAAGGUGCAGUGUGAGGAUGGUGGUGGAUCCCUGGACUUUGGGCUGGUGGGGGAGAGCUGCUGUGUGUCCCAGGCCGUCACCCUAACCAGCCACUGUCCUCAGCCACUUCCAGUCCUCUUGCAUCUCCAGCAGAUGGCAGCCAAAGCCCCAAUCUUCUGCUGGGAGGAGGAUAAGAACAAAUGUGGGACGGUGGUGUCUUCCUCCCAUCUUUCGUGUGAACUCACUCCCUCCACUCCAACCACCUUCUUUGUCACCCUCAGAGCCCCUUACCUGGAUGGCAUUGCAGGGGCCCAGAACAGAAAUGUAAUGGUAAAGAGCUAUUUGAAGGUUCUGCUGGACACUCCUGCACCCACCCAACUCACUCUUGCAUCCUGCCCCGUCAAGGCACUCAUCGGUUUGGUGCAGUUGGAAAUCCUGCGCACAGCAGAGACCCUGACGAUUAAGACGGCCCUACACCAGCCUGGCACCACCGAACUCACCCUCAAGAAUGGGUCCUCCUUUCCUCUGCGUAUAAGCCUGUCAUUCAGUGAUCACUGCCGAGCCUUCUCCAUCAGUCCGCCCAGUCUUACCAUGUCACCAGGCACCCGCACCUCCCUCAGUGUCUCAUUUAUGCCAGGGGCCUCCUCGGGUACUCUAAACAGCAUGUUGUUGGUGCGUGUUGAGCCAGACGGGAUGGAGUUUGAAAUACCUAUAUCUGGAGUCUGCUCUGCCCCUCCACCUUCCUCUCUGCCCUCCUCCGCCGCCCCAGCAUCGUCACUCACCCCGCCCUAUGCCCCACCUGUUCACUCGGCACUUAAGCGAAUUGAGAACAUUCACAAUCAAGUGACCAAGUCAAGCAGUGCUCCAUUGUCUGAGGUCCCUGCCUCUGGCCCCUACAUAAAUGAGAAGACCCUGUCCUCAGCCCUGGACUGCACAAAAUCCCAUCUGGUGUUUGGGGCAGUGGCUGUGGGUGACUCAAGCUGCCAGAAGAUAACCCUAAGGAAUGCUCUGGCCAGGCAGGAGCUGCCCUUGUCCAUCACCAUCAUCGGCAGCCCUGCUUUUCAGGUGUGUGAGAACGAGAACAAUGUUGGUCAAGAGAAGCUGAACGUGGUGCUGAGUCCCAGUCAGGAGGUCGUCCUCUGCAUACUCCUGAGACCCUCCACUGUGGAGUCCCUCGCUGCCACCCUGCUCCUCCGCCACCGCAGCUCCACUAACCCAUUCAAGUGGAAGAUUCCACUACAAGGGUAUGGAGGACGUGGGGAGUUGAUGGUGAGGGAUGGCAGCGCUGGGAAGCCCGUCAUCAUGAAGGAUCUGUCCCUUGACCUGCCGGCCUUCUUCCAAACAACGGUCACAAACGUUGGUCAACGCACUCUGUGCAUUGCCCUUCAAGUGUUCUUAGAUAAACACUGUAAGGAGGUGGCAUCAGACCUUUCAGUACAGCCAACUCGACUGGUGGUGGGUCCAGGACAGACUCAGGAAAUAUACAUUGUGGCCAGUGGCACCCAGAGGCAGCUUGCCAAGACACCUGGCAUCAUAGGGGUGCUUCAGGUUAUUUCUGGAGAGGAGAUUCUCCGCAAGAGAUACAGAAGGAUGAAGAACAAGGAGGUGAAGGCACGGCACAUCACCAACCCAGACCUCCUCAAGCUGAACUGGGUGGAGGAGUUUACUGGUGAAAAAAAAGCAUUGAACGAGUCUGACCUCCUCCCACCACAGCCUGAAGAUGCAGUGGUCUUUUUCAACUCCUGCAUCACUACACUGUUGGAGGUCUGGGGCGAGCAGCGGCCAAACGAAGAUCAGUCAACCACAGUCUUUGCCUCUCUGGCUGGGGAGGAGACGGUGGCAGACUUUACAUUCACUCAGGAGAGGUUGGUAUAUAGUAGGGCUUGCAGCAUCUCCAAGAUAUUUUGUCUUAGUAUUUACACAAUUUGCAUAAUGAGCAUUUGCUAUAUAAAACUUGCAUCUAAUGAACUGACCCAAGUGUGUGUCACCUGUGUGCAUGGAUUAACGUGGAAGUAUCAUUAUUGUAAUUUGUCAUUCUUCAUUUCCAGGGUUGGCAGCUCCACCUCAACUUCAACUCCUGCUGACCCUGUCCCAUCCCAGGCCUCCCUGUCCACCUCUUGGGACGUGCUGCCACAGACACUGAAUGUGCGAGCAGAUGAUGGUUCUCCACACGUCUUCUUUGUAGUCAAUUUCUCCAACACACAACAGAUGCUUGAGGUUUCCAGUGACUGUAAAUGGUUGGAGGUCAAGCCCUGUGAAGCCGUGCUUGCAGGACACUCCUCUGUUAGGCUGUGUGUGACAACCCACCUCCCUCGCACCCCAACUUCACCUAUCACAUACUCCCUCAAAGUUAUGGGAGAGAAUGAGAGCCGCUGUGCCACCAUUACUAUUUUACCAACUACAGAAAAAGAGUCUGGAGCUCACCAUCCUCCCCCCAAGCCUGUCCCUGCCCCUGAAACACCCACAGCAUCCAGCCAGUCAUUGUCUACCCAUGACACUGAAAACCUGCCUCCUGUACACUCUGCAGCAAACCCCCACAAGCCCAGUGAUAACACAAGGAACACCCAGCAACUUAGAACUACCAACUCCUCUCGGCAGUCUGCUACAGUGAAGCCUUUACAUCAAACCUCCACCAAGCACACCAACAGAACAGCACCAGUUGAGGCUCAGUCAGUGUUACCAAGUGGCUCUAGGAGUCAGAGACAGGUAACUCGUAAGUGUCAGGUACAACUCAUGUCAGACAAUGCCAAGUUUCAAGAUACGAAAGUCUUCCAGGAGACGUACGUCAAGGUCAUGCUCAGGAACCUUGACAAAAUAGAGCAUUCGGUACAGGCAGAAGUAAAGUCUGGGCCCUUUGCAGUGAGACACAGACAGUUCACAAUCAAGUCUGGCCAUUACAUAAAUAUUCCUGUAUAUUUUAAGCCACUGAAGUCUGGUCUGUCCACUGGCCAAUUACAACUGACUGUUCUGAAGGACAAGGUGCUGCUGCUGGUGUCUCUCUCAGGCAGAACAUUGCCGUGAACACUAUAUGCAAAUCCUACUCACUGGCUUGGCUUUGCAGCAUUCCAAAAUAAUCUGUGAUAUUUUAUGUUACUCUUAUGUUAUGCAGUUGUCAUAUAGCUUAGCUGGUUUAGAGGGAAAGUAACCAUUUAACUGAUGGCUUGACAUGGUGAUUAUCUUUGGCUGCACUACACAGGCAUCAACCUGAUUCAAGACUAAUACUUUGGCAAUUAGAGAGAAUUAUGUUAUAAUUAAUGACUUGUUACCCAUAUCUUCUCAUUCAAGGAAACUAACAUUUAAAAUAAAAUUAUGCAUUAUGCCAUGGAAAUAAACUCAAAAAUAUUCAUCAUCAUUUCAUCGCUCCUAGGAGCUCCCACUAGAGGUUGGCCAUGGCAGAAGAGUUUCCAUCUCUCUAUUCAUACACUCCCUCCUUGCCUGUUCAAAGUUUCUCAAGGAUCUUGCACCCCUCUCCCUAACGUACUCCUGCACCCUAUUUCUCCAUUUCACUGGAGGUCGUCCUCUAGCAUUCCCUCACUCACAUACACCCACCUGGUCAUCUUACUCUCCACCAUUUGCUCCAUUUACACUUAAAAGUCUGUCGCUUCACUUCUUCCCUUCACCCACGUGACGCAUUCCAAAACGCUCAUACACACUCAUUACUCAUUCCAUCCAUUCUAUUCACACCACAUGCACUCCUCAAAUAACUCAUUUCCACUGCCUCUGACUUUCAUUCCAGGCCCUACCAUCCUUCUUCCUUGCAUGGCAAAAUGUAUUGUAAUGAAUUUACAAAAUAUUUUUAUAGAAAAUGUUUUGUAAUGAGUUUUCAUCAUUAUCUUUCUGACCUAAGCAUGAAGAUUUUUGGUUUCAUUGUACACAAAAUAUUGGACCUUGAAGUUGCAGAGCUAAUGUGUAUACUACUUACAACAAUUACAAUCUUAAUGUUUAUGAUGGAGUUAUUUCAAGUAACCUGACAGUUAAGA